GUCAAAUUUCACUAAAGAAUUUAUUAAAAACUUUAAAACAGUACCAUGGUUUCACGUUUAUCAACGCAUCAUCAGCUGUACUGCGUACUGUUUUAAAGUUUUUAAUAAUUUUUUUAGUGAAAUUUGACAAUAUCCUUGUUUUCUUAUUAUUGUAAGAUAAGACUUAGUAGUAUAGCCUACGAUAAUAUUGGUAGGUGUUGUGAAAAAUAGUAUUGCCAUUCUGGUACAGAUGGUAGUUCUACCAGUAGUACUCUCAUUUGAGUUCCCUGUGAUUGGGGUUCUAACAGAGGAACUAACUGCAUCCUUGAAAAAAGUGUAUCCCAAUUACACCAGUUAUAUUGCUGCUUCUUAUGUGAAGGCGGUAGAGGGUUCGGGGGCACGAGUUGUACCUUUAUUCAUAGGUCAGAAUGAACAAUAUUAUCAGAAUAAAAUACAAAAAUUGAAUGGAAUUCUAUUUCCGGGAGGUUCAUGCCGAUUUGAUGUGAAAGAUGGCUACGCAGAAGCUGGAGCGAUAAUUUAUGAUUUGGUAGAAAAGGCUAAUCUAGCAGGGGAUCACAUCCCAAUUCUGGGAGUUUGUCUGGGGUUUGAGCUGCUAAUGCACCUGGCUAAUGGCGAGAAAGAGUUGAGAACCGACUGCCGCAGUGAAAAUGUCGGACUCCCUCUGCAAUUCCAACCAGGCUUUAGAAAAAGUAAAUUGUACAGUCGAACCGGCGUUGAAACUCUCACAACAUUAGCUUCUUAUCCAGUCACUUCCAACCAUCACAAAUACUGCAUAACAAGGAAAAACAUGACAGAAACCGGCUUGAUGGCGAAUUGGCGAGUGUUGACACUGAACAAAGACUCCAACAACCUGGAGUUCGUUUCAUCGGUCGAGUCGAGAACAAUGCCAUUCGUUGGAAUUCAAUUUCAUCCGGAAAAGAACUCGUAUGAGUGGGGCGAAAAGCAGCACAACCCUCAUUCAGAGAGGGCAAUCAAGACGGCAAGAAUCUUCAAUGAUUGGCUCGCUCAUGAAGCUAGAAAAAACAAUCACUCCUAUGCUAAACUGUCGGAUCUUUAUGACGAUUUGAUACAAAACUAUCCUCCUUUCUUCACCAGUAAAAAGGGUCUCUAUUUUGAAGAGGUAUAUUUGUUUAAAUAAUGUCUAAAAUAAGAUAUUAGUUUGGAUAUUAAAUUUUGCAUUUGUACCGCUUUGCAUUAAUUUUGAAUUUGAUUAUAAAUAACAUUGCAUUUUACAUGGAAAUACUGAAUAAUCUAAUUUUUCAUUUAUUGAUGAUAGAUGAAUAACCACAUUGAAUUCAUGACACAUAAAUUUGGAUAAAUUUGGAAUAUUACAAAUAAAUACUGAUAUAUACUGAAGAUAACAUAAAUAUAUUUUUAAAAAUUUAACAAUCAUUACAUUUGAGGUCCAUAUUUGAUUUUGCAAAUGCAAGAUAACCAUACUUUCCAUUACUUUCAGUCCCAUUACGUGUUUCACAAACAAACCAUUCAUGAAUAUCAUAAUAAGUAGAUAGCAACAAUGUGAACAUGUUAUUGGUCACCUGUCAACUCUGUGCAAUUCAUUGUCCAAAUACAGUGGACCACCAUACUCUAUUCUCAUUGUUUCCUGGACAAGUUCGAUUACUAAGUGGUAUCCUUUUUUCCACAUCAAGUUUUCAUUUUUUGAUAAGAUUGAUCUGAAAUUGAAGAAUUAUAAAUGUAAAAAACAAGCAGAAAUAACGAUGAUAUGUGUUUUAUUGAUAAGCAUUACCAAAAUAUCUUAAAAAAGGUGUAUUAAUUUAAUAUUAUAUUCGCUCAAUCAAUGUUGAUAUUUUUAAUUAGCUGGGAUUGGAAAGCAUAGAAUAAAGAGGAUUUUGCUAUUCAG